UAACAUUAAAGGCGUCCUGGCGGUGGUGUGAAGUGAGGUUGAAUGUAGUCCGGGCUAGAGCAAGUCUUGUUUUGUGAGCGCAUGGGCAUUUGUUGCUUAGGUGUUUCACAAGGGCAGCGUUGCUUUGAUUUCCGUCAAUCUCUUUUAGUGGUAGCAUCGCUUAACCAUCGGCUGAGAGUGGACGACAAGGGAAAAUGGACCAGACGAAGAGGGAUAGGCUGCCCAAUCCGAGGGACACUGCAGGGAGCAUUUCUAAAAUGGUCUUCUGGUGGGUCAUCCCGCUCAUGCGUCUAGGAUAUAGCCGACCCCUGAACGCUGAAGAUCUCUACAGAGUGCAGAAGCACGAUGCGUCUCAGCUGCUGGGAGACAAGUUGCAAAAGUGUUGGGAUGAUGAAGUCCUCAAGAGCAAAGUGAAGGGAAGGAAAGCCAGUUAUGUGAACGCCCUAGCGCGGUGCUUCGGUUGGGAAUACGGCCGAGUAGGCCUACUGGCAGCCUUCGAGGAGUGUGUUCUGAGAAUAGGCCAACCUCUCUGCUUGGGCGGACUGAUCCGCUACUUCAAUGGGGAGAAAGGUUACACUGAACUUCAUGGCUGGCUGUACUGUACAGGAGUGGUGAUGGGAUCAUUGCUUUACAUAUUCUCUCACCAUCCAUUUUUCUUUGGUACUCAACACAGUGGCAUGCAGAUUAGAGUAGCAAGUUGCUCUAUGAUAUACAGAAAGGCAUUACGAUUAAGUAAAGCCGCCCUAGGAAAGACAACUGUAGGACAGAUGGUUAAUCUCCUAUCAAACGAUGUGAAUCGGUUCGACACCAGCAUUAUCUUCUUGCACUACCUUUGGAUUGGACCACUACAGACUCUGAUUGUCCUCGGUAUUUUAUGGAAUGAAAUAGGACCCUCCUGUUUAGCUGGAAUAAUGCUUUUGAUACUUUUUGUUCCUCUUCAAAGUAACUUUUCGAAUUGCCUCUUAUCUUCUGCACUACUCUUACUCUCUUUUAUUAUUAAAAUGUAUACUUGGGAGAAACCAUUCACAGCUCUUAUAGAAAAAGCACGCAAGUCAGAAAUUGAUGUUGUCAUGAAAACAAAUUAUUACCGUGCUGUGAACAUGUCUCUCUUCUUUACAUCUUCGAAAGUCAUUGUGUUCUUGGCAUUACUGACAUAUGUUCUUACUGGAAAUAUCCUUACAGCAGAAAAGGUUUUUGUGACAAGUUCACUGAUUAACAAUGUGAGGCUUGUAAUGACACUGUUCUUCCCAUUUGGUAUUGCUAUGGGAUCUGAAACUCUCAUAUCAUGCCAAAGGCUUCAGGAUUUCUUAGAAAUGGAGGAAUUAGAAGAAACUAAUAGAGUCCAAAAAUCUAAUCUCCGACCGAAGCUAAAGGACUGUGGUGUGACUGUGUCAGGACUAACUGCCAAAUGGAGUGAAGCAACUGAAGAAAAUACUCUGACCAAUGUAACAUGUUCCGUGAAAGCAGGAGAACUCUUAGCUGUUAUUGGACCUGUUGGUUCCGGAAAGGGGUCUUUACUACAUGCCAUAUUGGGAGAACUACCAGCCAAAGCGGGUUCUAUCUCUGUUAGAGGCAGGGUGGCCUAUGCAUCCCAAGAGCCAUGGGUCUUCUCAGGAACAGUAAAACAGAACAUCCUUUUUGGACAAUCAUUUAAUGAAAAGAGAUAUAACGAGGUCAUUAGAGUUUGUGCCUUAGAGCAAGAUUUGGAGCAGUUAGCAGAGGGAGAUUUGACUAUGGUUGGUGAAAGAGGUGUAGCCCUAAGUGGUGGUCAAAAAGCCAGAGUCAAUCUUGCAAGGGCUGUAUAUUAUGAUGCUGAUAUUUAUUUACUGGAUGAUCCCUUAAGUGCAGUUGACACUCAUGUAGGGAGACACUUAUUUGACCAGUGCAUCAUGGAUCACCUGAAACAUAAAGUUCGUAUUCUUGUUACUCAUCAGCUCCAGUAUCUUAAGCCAGCUUCUCAAAUUCUUGUUUUAAGAGAGGGCCAUACAGAAGCUAUCGGAAAUUACAAUCAGUUGGUCAAUAGUGGAAUUGACUUUGCCAGCUUACUCUCAACUGGUCAUGAUGAGGAAACUUCGUCACCUUCAAAGCAAGCCAGCACUAGAACUGAAAAGAAGAAUGGCAUUGUAUCAUCUCUUCAGGAAAGUGAUAAAUUUGAUUCUUCAGUUUCUCUUCAUCGAAGGGUUCGUACUUUAAGUAACAGCAUCAAUAACACACUCAGUGGUUCCACAUCUUCACUCCAUGACUCUCUAACAACAGAGAACAUCAUCACUAUUUCAGGAGUUCAUCUUUCUGAUUCUAAUGGAUCAUUAAAUGAUAACUGCCAGGAGACUCCAUCGAAAAAUGCAAAUAAGUUGAGUGACACUGAUGACAAUGCAAAUAAUGAGCAACCAGAGAGAGAACAGCCUGACUCAGAGGUUCGAUCCAAAGGGUCUGUUAAAGGGGAGGUUUAUGUGAAGUAUUGCCGUGCUGGAGGAAGCUGGUGUUUAAUCAUCAUCUUGUUUAUUUUGAAUGUGACUACACAGGUUCUCUUCUCUGGAACAGAUUAUUGGCUCUCAUAUUGGACUAAUGGUGAACAGAAACGAGGCCAGUUGGUGAUUAAGGGUAAUGAGACAGAACUUCAUUUCAGUGGUAAUGAUUCAACUUUUUCUUAUGAAGAUGCUCCUAUCCCCAAGGGUUAUUUGGAUACAAUGACCAAUGUUUAUGUAUACACUGGUAUGAUAGCUGGGUUGUUCUUCCUGUCUCUGGGACGCACAAUCCUUUUCUUCGUCAUGUGCAUGACGGCAUCUCGAACAUUACACAACCGUAUGUUCAAGUCUGUGAUUAGGGUGCCUAUAAAAUUUUUUGAUACACAUCCAGUUGAGUUAUCUCUUAAUCCUUUCGGUGCUCGUUACCGCACGGGCCAUACAGAAGCUAUCGGAAAUUACAAUCAGUUGGUCAAUAGUGGAAUUGACUUUGCCAGCUUACUCUCAACUGGUCAUGAUGAGGAAACUUCGUCACCUUCAAAGCAAGCCAGCACUAGAACUGAAAAGAAGAAUGGCAUUGUAUCAUCUCUUAGGAAAGUGAUAAAUGUUUUGUUAUGUCAGAGUAUUAUCUAUCAUAUAAAAAUAUUAAUCUACCAUCUCAUAUUUGUUUAUUAUGUGUUUGCAGUUGAUUCUUCAGUUUCUCUUCAUCGAAGGGUUCGUACUUUAAGUAACAGCAUCAAUAACACACUCAGUGGUUCCACAUCUUCACUCCAUGACUCUCUAACAACAGAGAACAUCAUCACUAUUUCAGGAGUUCAUCUUUCUGAUUCUAAUGGAUCAUUAAAUGAUAACUGCAGGAGACUCCAUCGAAAAAUGCAAAUAAGACUGUUGAGUGACACUGAUGACAAUGCAAAUAAUGAGCAACCAGAGAGAGAACAGCCUGACUCAGAGGUUCGAUCCAAAGGGUCUGUUAAAGGGGAGGUUUAUGUGAAGUAUUGCCGUGCUGGAGGAAGCUGGUGUUUAAUCAUCAUCUUGUUUAUUUUGAAUGUGACUACACAGGUUCUCUUCUCUGGAACAGAUUAUUGGCUCUCAUAUUGGACUAAUGGUGAACAGAAACGAGGCCAGUUGGUGAUUAAGGGUAAUGAGACAGAACUUCAUUUCAGUGGUAAUGAUUCAACUUUUUCUUAUGAAGAUGCCCCUAUCCCCAAGGGUUAUUUGGAUACAAUGACCAAUGUUUAUGUAUACACUGGUAUGAUAGCUGGGUUGUUCUUCCUGUCUCUGGGACGCACAAUCCUUUUCUUCGUCAUGUGCAUGACGUCAUCUCGAACAUUACACAACCGUAUGUUCAAGUCUGUGAUUAGGGUGCCUAUAAAAUUUUUUGAUACACAUCCAGUUGGUCAGAUUCUUAACAGAUUCACAAAGGACCUUGGACAGGUAGAUGAAAUGCUGCCUAUAACCAUUUUUGAUGUUGUCACAAUUCUUCUGAACUUUCUGGGUAUCAUUGUUGUCAUAGCAUCAAUCAACAUAUGGGUUAUUGUUCCAACUGUUGUGUUAGGUGUUAUCUUUAUAUUUCUACGAAGGUUUUACUUGUGUACCGCACGUGAUGUGAAACGUCUAGAAGGCAUCACUCGCAGCCCUGUCUUUUCUCAUCUCAGUGCAUCACUGCAGGGUCUAACUACUAUCAGAGCUUUUGAGGCACAGCAAAUUUUUAAUGAUGACUUUGAUAAACAUCAGGAUCUUCACUCCUCUGCUUGGUUUCUGUUCUUGUGCACAACUAGAUGGUUUGGUAUUUGUCUUGACUGGAUUUCUUGCAUCUACAUUGGAAUUGUCACCUUCAGUUUCAUGGGUACAAAAGGCACACUGGGUGGUGACAUUGGCUUAGCAAUUUCAUCUGCUAUGAUGCUAUCGGGAAUGUUCCAGUGGGGCGUAAGACAAUCUGCUGAAGUAGAAAAUCAAAUGACUUCUGUUGAGCGAGUUCUCGAGUAUUCCAAAUUAGAGCCAGAGGCUCCCCUUGAAACUGAUGAAAGUAAAAAACCAAGGGAUACUUGGCCCGAGAAUGGCAAAAUAGUGUUCGAUGAUGUGUCUUUGCAGUAUGUGGAAGACAACCCACCAGUUCUAAAGAAUCUGAAUUUCUGCAUUAAAGGAAAAGAAAAGAUUGGCAUAGUUGGAAGAACUGGCGCUGGAAAGUCAUCCAUGAUAACGUCAUUGUUCCGCUUAACUGAACCAAGUGGCAUUAUAUUCAUUGAUGACAUUAAUGUGCAGGAGCUUGGUUUACAUGAUGUACGUGGGAAUAUUUCUAUUAUACCACAGGAUCCAACAUUAUUUUCAGGCACUAUGAGAAGAAAUCUAGAUCCAUUUGAUCAGUUUUCUGAUGAAAAGUUGUGGAAGUCUCUUGAAGAAGUGCAGUUAAAAGAUGCAAUAUCAGACUUACAGGGUGGUCUAGAAGCUAAUAUGUCUGAAGGAGGGAUGAACUUGAGUGUUGGACAGCGCCAACUUGUAUGCUUGGCCAGAGCCAUCCUUCGUCACAAUAAGAUUUUGGUUUUAGAUGAAGCCACUGCUAAUGUUGAUCCUAGAACAGAUGCACUUAUCCAGCAAACUAUACGUACAAAGUUUGAAGACUGCACAGUCCUUACAAUAGCACAUCGUCUUCACACAAUAAUGGACAGUGAUCGUGUUAUGGUACUUGAAGCUGGAAGAAUUGAGGAGUUUGAUGAACCCCACAUCCUUCUGAAAAAUGUAACCUCAAGAUUUAGCACUUUAGUUCAACAGACAGGAAGAUCAGCAACGGAACAGCUCCGAGAGAUUGCUAAAAGGGCCUACUUAGCAAGACAUCCCUCAGUAUCUGACCUCCAGAACAAGGAAAGUGAAACCAAUGAUCAUGAUGAGCCAGAUAAUAAGAGAACUUGUGUUACUGAAACAAGCACACCAGAAGAAACCAACAUUACAGGUGAAACGGGUGCUAAAGAAAGUACCAAACUGUAAAAGUUUAUCGAAAAAUCAUAAGAAAGGAUAACAUUUUUCUGUGUGAUUGGAAGGUGUUUUUACAACUGGCAAUAUGAAGUUAGUACAUGUUCAAUACUUAUUGGUGUUUCUGUGUCGAAUUUUAAUAUGUUAAAUACAUCAGCCUUUGGAAUAUGGGCAGAUAUUAACCCUGAAGUAUGCUGCCUUUACAGCUAAAUUCUCACAUCACCUAGGACAAAAUAUGGUAAGGUAUUUUAGAUUUCUUUUAGAAUCAGAUGGGAACUUUUGAUAUUGCUGUUAUAAAAGUUGCAAUAUUGUUGUGGGGAUACAUAUUUUGUGGGGAUACCAUAUUCUAUGCAAAACUUUAUUCAUAUAUUUAGCAAGAACUGAAAAUAUGUAAAGGAUUUACUAUACUGCUAUAUACAGUUUUCUUUUUCACAUUUUUUAAUCCAAAAGUGACCAAGUUUACAUACAAUUAUUGGCACCCAUACCAAGAUGAACUUAUGGUAAUUAGAUAUGGAAAUUAUCCUUGAGAUUUAAGAUCUUUAGUUAAAGGAUUUUUGUUCAAAGCAUGUUAAACAUUCUAUGUAGUAUAGACUUUUAAUUUUUCAUAUACAGAUGUAUCUCAUAAUAGUAUUUGAUUUGAAAAAUAAUCAAGCAUUCAUUGAUAACUUGUUUUUUUAUGAUAUUGAAAAUAAAAAAUGCAGAAAGACUACAACUUUUAAAUAUUGAACAGAAUAUGUAUUACUUUAUGGGUUGUAGGCAACUUACCCAUUUUGUACUAGGGAACCUUUUUUCACAUCUACACAUUAACUGAUAAAGGUGUUGCUUGAUUUUAUAGCCAUGGUUGUAAAAUCUCACAUACAGAGCGAACCUUUUACUGCGUAAACCAGGUUUUAUGUUCAUUUAAGGACUUAUUUAAGACUAUGUAUUUCAUGUCAUUUAGCAUGAGCUUGUCUGAUAUGGCACUUAUAAAUUAUCACAAACAUUUGCAUUUGUAGUGUAUUUUGUUUAAAUAAUGAAUGUACAUCAUGAAUUAUUACCAAAGAAAUUUCAGAGAGGUCUAAUAGCUACAUUAUUUAUUAAGUAGUUCAACCUGACUGCUGAGCUGAUUAGUUUAGUUCUUACAUUUUCAAUUUUAUAAGUCAGGUGAGAUUUGGUCUCCAUCAUAAUUUUGACAUUAGUUUAAGUGUUUUUGUACUUCAGUACUACAAAAUCAAUGAUAGCUUGUUAAAAUACAGUUAUCUUGUACUCCCUGAUGUCUUCAAAAUAUACAUAUGUAUUUCCCUCAAGAAUCUUCGCUUUCAAGUUUUUUAAAUUCUCAUAACUCAUUUUCUUGAGUUUAGAAUUUUAAAACUUUCAUAGCUCAAAUUGCAUAGACAGUCAGACUGUGAUCAACUUUUCUCAACUUAUGGCCAUUUGCAUUUAUGACCAAAUGAAUUUCCAAUAAAAAUAAAUCUAGAUCGAUCUACUUUUCAAAUAAAUAGUAGAAGAAAAUGCACAAAAAAAACUACUGCAAGUAAAAGAUAAUUUUCAAGUAAAAUACAAAGAUCCAUGCAUACGCAAAAACUUGCAUAAUACAAUCCAUUGUAUGUAUUUAUUUCUCAAGGUCAGGAGCACAACCCAGUCAUAAGUCAAGGAUUGUGUUCAUCUUAAAAAAAUGUAUGAAUGAAUAUGCUAUACCUCAAUUGAGUAAUUCCCUGAUCUAUGCAUUAAGGUUAGGGACUCAACCCAAGGAUAGUGGAACUUGACCUGCAGGUGUUGCAGUGUUAAUGGACAUCUCAGAAUUGUGUACAUUAAUUUCUAUAUUUUUUUAUACUUACUAAGAAUAGAAUAGAAACACCAUAGUGAUCAGCUGCAGAAUAAUGUAAAGUUGUUUUAAACACUGUAAUAAAAGAAAAUUAAAUAUCUGUAGCUAAAAAGGCUGGGAUUUUGAUUCCCAACGUUAUUUAUGCCAUUUGAGAAAGUCAGCAUUAGAAAGGUUAAAAUUCACUUUAGAGAGGAUUAGUAUGUACUUCCUUAGACUGAUGGACCGUUUGACAUGAGCUGCAGUGUGUAGAAAAAUUACAAGAACUCCAAAUUCAUGAGGUUGCUCUUUAUAUAAAUAAAUUUUCAUGUAUUUUCACAGAUGUGAUCCAUUGUUAACAGGCAGAACUCUAUUUCAUCUUUUGAUUGUUAACUUUCUAAACAGUCUAGUUUGUAAUUAAAUUUUGGGGCUUCCAGUAAGGAUGCUAUUUAAUACAGAAGGAAAUUUAACACCCCUCUAUAUAUUUUCAUAUUGACACCAAGUUUUUUGACCAAUUUUGUGGAUUCAUCAUAGCAAUUUUUAUAUUAAUGCCCUGUGCAGAUUUAGACCGGGCAUUUCAUUCUCAAAAACAAUACAGUUACACAAUUUCAAAUAAACUCCAGAGUAGUUUAAUGGAUAAUUUAUUAUGCACUUGCAAAAACUCAGACAAAUGAGCCAGCAUAGUACUAAGCAGGCUUUGUCAUCUGAUCAUGUGAACUUUCCCAGUAAUGUGAUGAUUUCUUACAGGUCUAGGGGAAAGAAAUGAAAAACUUAGACUGUUCUCUGGUACCCUCAGUUAUUGCCUUAAGUUUUCUUUGUGCAAAAGUCACUAGGAAAUCAUUACUGACAUUGAAUGAAAAUUAAGAACAUUUGGACUGAAGAUGAACCCAGGGAAGGGUUCGGAAGCUUUCUGUAAAGUCUUCAAAAUUAUACACGGACUUUUUACACUGUAUUAUUGUGGAUUCUUUAGAACAUUAAGAACAUUGAUAUAAAUGGGUCAAACCACCUCACAACAUUCACAUUCUGAAUGUAGAAAACUGCCCUUCUUUGUAUUUCAUAAUUCAUUUAAACUGUUGAAAAGACUGAUGUAUCAUUAUAGAACAAUUUAGGUUUUUCUCUGCCUUGAUGUGUAUUUUCUGAAUCAUUCGAACUGCCUUUUCUAAAAUAUUGAUUUGCCAUGCACUGAUAAGAGUUCAUUCAUACACUUCCCUUGUGGUAACUAAUCUGGGUUUUGAAAGCCAUGCCAUCUCUUUACUAAGUAAAUAUUGAUUGGACUUGGUAAAUCUAAGUGAAGCAAUUUCUCAACUUGUGUGUAUUGUAUUACAAAGAUCUUUCCAGUGCAUUUGUUGCUGGUAUUAGUUCCAAUAAACAUUUUUCAGGUUUUCCUAAUUGCCUUUUAGCUACAUUAAGGGUAUAAAUACAAUGACUAUAAUACCCUAUACUAUAUCUUAAUGUACAUCAUAUUACAGAACACAUUACUACUGCUGUAAAUAAGAAAACUGAAUGUCUAUCCAGUAUGUGGUGCUACUUGGGUAAUGAUUUUAAAGUGCAACAUGUUUCACAUUAUUCUUUGUGACAUUAAAAUGCUGAACUGUUGGUCGUGUAUCAAAUGACUAACUUUAAGUAAUGGCUAAAGCAAGAUGCCUUAUGUUAUAUAUAGUUCCUGUGAUAAUUUACCUAAAGACUUAUAUAUCUGUAACAUGUAUAUAUGUACUGUAUUACUAUAAGAAACCACAAAGAACCAUAAAAUCAACCCCAAAAAUAUUAAUUUUGUAGAUUAAUUAUUUGUAAUAAAAUGUUACCUGUU